CUGCCCGCUUUCCAAGACGGCGGCAUGUUGUUGCAUUGACGUCAAAAAGGAGCGUGCUGGAUGUAUAAAACCCCGCAGACCUCUGGAGCCGCGGCUCACAGGACUUUCCAGAAUCAGACCAGACAUCUCUGAAAAGUUCAGCUGCAUCAACUGACGAAAAUCAAGACAUGAAGCCGGUCCCCCUCCUGCUGCUCCUCUCCUCGGUCCUCCUCUGGUCACACCCCCGCCCCGCCGCCGGCAGACCGCGCUCUCUCCCCGGCUGGCUGGAUGGCACCAGCCGCCUCCAGACACAGCAGGUGGACGAUGUUCUUCUCAGGGCGGCCACGGAAGGCGCCGCCUCUGGUCUGGUGGGCGACCACCUGCUGCGGCUGCUCCAGCGGAGGGACCCGGACCGCCUCCACCUGCUGCUGCCGGAAGUUGACGGCGAGGAGGAAGAGGAGGAGGAAGAGGCGCUGAGGACCGCGGCGCAGCUGCUGAAGCGCAGCGAGGAGCCGCCGCUGUCCAUCGACCUGACCUUCCACCUGCUGAGGAAUAUGAUCCAGAUGGCCAAGAUGGAGAGCCAGCGGGAGCAGGCUCAGCUCAACCGCAAGGUGCUCGACGAGGUGGGAAAGUGAAGCUUGCCGGGGAUUCCUCCAUGGCAGAAUCCAAAACCUGAGAUGAUGCGCCUGCCUUCCCCACUGGCAACAUUUUACGCACACGGUGCCAUUUUACUCAUGUGUUUUUUGUUUGUUUUCAUUCAAGAACAGUGACGGAAAACACUGAACAGGACUUCUCAGAACCCCUCAUUCCCGUCAAUCCCCGCUAAACUGAACUGUAGUGGAUCUGCGUAUAAAGUGGAAAACCUCCGACGACCUUCUGUUUGUUUUUAAUAUUGUCAUUUGGAAAUCGGCUGUUCUUUUAAUCCGCGCCUAAAACAAACAGCGGAUUGAUAAAUGAGGGUGUGAAUGGUACCAGAAAUAGUUCCAAGACAGACAGGAACUGUUCUUAUUUCUGUCCAAACAAAAAUGUCUGGGAAAGAUGAACAUUUCAGAAAAUUACUAAAUAAAAUUAAGAAACAUAAAUACUUUUAACUCAUUUAAAUGAAACCACUUCUGAUUAGGGAUGAAACUAUUAAUCGUGUUGAAUCUAUUAUUGGAAUAACUGUCAACGGAUCAAUUAAUCGUUAAUUGGAGUAGAUUAUUUGCUUCAGAACAGUAAUCAAACCAAAACUGUAUAAAAUAUAAAUAAAUUUUGCUUUAAAGGUGAAAACA